AUGGAUCGUCGACGAUUGGCUUUAGUUUUUGGUAAUGAUCGCUAUCCAAAGAACAAAUUAAACAGUUGUCGGAAGGAUGCAAAAGAUGUAAGCGCCAAGUUAAAAGAGCUAGGUUUUCAUUGCACAGUAUAUCUCGAUCAAAACAAGCGUCAGAUGGACAUUGCCAUUCGAGAUUUUUGUGCAAUUAUUCUGAAUGAUGAUUGUGUACUAGUUUAUUUUUCAGGACAUGGCAUGGAAGCCAAAGGUAAAAACUAUUUGGUGCCAAUUGAAAACAUACAAGACCCUGAGUUUGAUUGUAUCAAUCUGGAAGAACUAUUAAAACAGUUGAAUAACUGUGGAGAUAAUUUAUUAAAUAUUAUUAUACUCGAUGCAUGUCGUGCUGACCAAGAAAAUGAUACGUGGAAAACGAAGGCUACAAGUGCGGAAAAUGAACACACCCUCAAACCCGCCUUUGGCAAAGCCCUGUCAGGACAUGUUCGUCUACCUAACCAAUCUCAGUUUGUCUUAAUCUAUUCAGCUGAUCCUGGUACGGUAUCAUUUGCUGCCGGUCCUCAUACGAAUGGAAACAGUUUUUUUACAUAUUCACUAUUAAAUCAUAUUUCGACAUCAAAUAUAAAACUCGAAGAUAUGUUGAAAGAAGUCUCAAAAGAAAUAAAAUUAAAAUCACAACGAAGACAGCGACCAUGGCUACAUUCAUGUCUUGAUGAAGAUUUUUUUUUUAAAAGAAAAGGACAAUCAGCUCUUGUCAAUCAUAUUAAUAUCAACACAAAAUGGACACAACAUGGAAUUACUAUUGCUGGAGGAAAUGGACAAGGCAAUCAAUUAAAUCAACUCGAUGGUCCCGAAGGUAUCUACGUUGAUGAUGAUCAUCAAACUAUUUAUAUUGCUGAUUGGGGAAAUCACCGUAUUGUUGAAUGGAAAUAUGGGGCAAAGAAUGGUCAAGUUGUUGCAGGUGGAAAUGGAAAUGGAAAUGGAAGUGAUCAAUUGAGUUUCCCAACAAAUGUGAUUGUUGAUAAAAAGAAUGAUUCUCUCAUCAUUUGUGACAAAGGAAACAGACGAGUGGUACGAUGGUCUUGUCAAAAUGGUAGAAAUGGAGAAACAAUCAUUUCUGACAUUGAUUGCUGGGGAUUAACAAUGGAUAACAAUGGAGAUUUUUAUGUCACUGACUAUUGGAAGAGUGAAGUGAGACGAUGGAAACAAGGAGACACAGAAGGAACAAUAGUUGCAGGUGGAAAUGGGCAAGGAAAUCAUCUCAAUCAACUUCAUCACCCUACUUAUAUCUUCGUUGAUGAACAUCAUUCAGUUUAUGUUUCGGAUAUAACCAAUCAUCGCGUAAUAAAAUGGAUGAAAGGUGCAAAAGAAGGUAUUGUUGUUGCUGGUCGAAAAGGUAGAGGGAAUGGUCUGACACAAUUGUCUUUUCCUCGAGGAGUGAUUGUCAAUCAUUUGGGUAAUGUUUAUGUGACUGACUAUGGCAAUCAUCGAAUAAUGCGUUGGUGUAAAAGAUCUUGCGAAGGUAGUAUUGUUGUUGGUGGAAAUGGAGAAGGAAAACAACUAAAUCAGUUCUAUCGUCCCACAGGUUUAUCAUUCGAUGUUCAAGGUAGCCUCUAUGUUGUCGAUGAGGAACCUGAUAUUGGAGAUUUAGAAGUUGUUGAAAUUGAACAUAAUGGUGAAUCAUUAGCUGACAGUUGGUUUCUCGAUGAUAUUACUAUUGAAAUGCCAACAAAAGGACGUGCAUUUUAUUUUGCUUGUCAUGAAUGGUUAUCAAAAGAAAAGGUGAUUUCAUAUGAAGUCACAUUUUAUACAUGUGAUGUUUCACAUGCUGGUACAGGUGCAAAUGUAUCACUUAUUCUUUAUGGUACUCUUGAUAAUAUUGGUAUUCGAGGAUCAAAACAGAAAGGUGAAUUAACUAAAUUACAUAUUGAACAUGAUAGUUCUAUGAUAUCACCUGAUUGGUUUCUCGAUAAAGUUGAAGUUAUUAACAUGAAUACAAAUGAAACUAUUAGUUUUUCAUGUAAUCGAUGGCUUGGUAAAAGACAUGAUGAUCAUGAGAUUCAACGAGAUUUAUUACCAAUGAAAAUUUCAUAA